CAGAAAAGCACAGAAAAAUAAAGUUAAAGUGGGUGAAGUGCAGUGCGCGGCGGACGGACAAACGGAGUGACGGAGGACAAGAAAAUAAUGGAUCGCCGUCGUCGUCGUCGUUGUCUUUUUUCCUAAUCGCGCGACCGUCGCCUUCGACUGCUUUUUGAAACUUUUGUGCGCUAAGUUGUGACCAAACGAGACGAAACACAGAAAAAAACACUUCGACUUUUCCAGGGCGGAAAACCCCGAUGAGAAAGGAUUCGCCGAGAUCGAGAAAGAAAAAAAAAGUUUUCCAGGAAAAUUCCAUUUCUUGUGCGUGUGCGUGUGUGACGAAAUCCGAACAAGCCUACUAUUGUUUUGCUUGUAAACUCUUCCUCGGCCGGAGUGUGUACUACGGGGAGCUUUGCCUGCGCCCCAUUUUGGAACGUUUGAGAACCUUCAAGUGGGAGGGUGGAAUCGUGAAGGUACUCCCCCUCAGGAAAAUUGAGGAAAAAUGAAGCCAAGGGAUAGUUGUGAUUGUUUUGGGUGAAGCCUCAACCAAGUAAACGAAAGUAAGGGCCACUUAUCUCACCACUCCUUGGGAAAAAGAAAAGAGGAGGGAGAGGCAAAUCUAUCGGAACGAAAGUGAAUCUGGCCGCGGCACGGCCACUGGAGGGUGUCUGCACUGCAGUGUGUGUAUGUGUAUAUCUGUGUGUGAUUAUGAAAACAUUCCUGCUGCCAUCACUAUUAGCAGCAGCAGCAGCAGCACCUCGGUUGGUUUUUCAAGGACGGUGGUCCCUUUGGACGGAAAAGUAGGACGGAUGUGCGUCGUCCAAGGACAUCUCGUUUGAAGCUUCGAGACCCUUCCUAUAUGUUGGCCGUACGACGCAGCUUAAAGGUCAACGCCAGAGUCAACGUCGGCAGCGGCAAAAACUGAUACUAAAGAAUACCACACGAUGGUGCACAGUGGUGCGUACCUUUCGCACUACCUGCUGCGACCACCACCACUAGCAUCGCUACAACUACUUCUAUCGUUGACGUCGCCGUCACCGUCCUCGUCGCACUUGCCACUAGUCACGCUGUUGUUCUCUGCUCGCCGUAACAACAACAACAACAACAGCAGCACCAGCAACAAAUCCCACAGGGAAUCUGUCGCUAGACGCCGCCAUCACACGAGGUCAAUUCGACGGCCGGAACAAGUAGGAAGCCGGAAACCGGAACAACUGCAACUGCUCAGUAGUAGCCAGGCUGAUCAUCCGUGCAGCUGGCCACGGUUAGACUGUUAGAGGCGCACGGAUCUCGAAGCCGAACUAUACCUAUACUAAUACAUAUACUAAAUAUUAAGUAGCAAGUACGUAAAAAACGAGGGAGGGCAAAACGGGAGGGAAAGUUAGUAGUACUAACACACACACACAUUUACAGUGAGAUUGGGUAGUGAGAGGAGGUCCGGGGCGGUUUCGACGUUGGGACAAGCAAUGUAUUCCGAAUCCUUUGCGGAACUGGACACGAUAUCGAACGUGCUCGGUUUGCGGGGCGUGGGCACGAGUACGCUGACCAAGUUUGUAGAUAUGUGGUACCACGUCUUCCUGUGGGCACUGUUCUCGUCGAUCAUUGUCCACACCGGUGCGGCGGUCGUGGCGUUCGUGACGCUGCGCAAGCACAAGUUCGGCCGGUUCUUCUCCAUCUUCAUCCUGGUGAUGGGCGUGGUGUCGCCGGUGACCGGGGGCAGCAUCAGCAGUGCCACCAUUGCCUUUGUACAUAGAGCCUCGAACCUGCCGAUGUCGCCGAUCCUGGCGAUGGUGUACGGCGUCGGCCAGACGAUCCUGUCGGCGUGUCUCGGCUUUACGCGACUGCUGGCGACGCUGUAGAGAUCGAUGGAAGACGAACGCGCCGGGGGGAAGACACCAAACAGUACACACACACUCUCACACAAACAUCCUCACUCACACACACACACACACACAAGUCUAAGUUACUCAACUAGUGGAAACAGUUCCGAAUAGAGUUCAAAACACACAGACAUUUCAAAACAGCAAGCAAAACAACAACAAUCGUUUAGUAAUUUUACGAUAGUCCAGUUUUUAUCAAAAUGCGUAAGAGACGAAGAAAAAAAAGUCGAACGACACGAAACUUUGAUGGUACUAUCACAAUGCGAAGGCUUGUUUGGGAUAUUUAAACAACCUUAACUGAAUUCAAAAGAUGUCAACACUAUCAAAGUGGCGUCACACGCUGCUUGUUGGGCUCGCUUCUGAUUUUCUUCAAAACAUUCGUUUUAGAAUAUUUUCUGAUUUUGGCAGUGUUUCAACUUGUUGCUCACCAUUUUUUAGUUGAUUUCCAUCGUCAAUAAUGUUUUUCAGAGUCCCGAAACUUCAAACAAAAACAAAAGAUGCGAACCAAAGACAGUGACGUUUUGGAAUUUUGACAGUCUGGAGCGCAUGAAUUACCCCAUUAUCGGUUUCCCGCACGGGUGAAGUGGAAAUUGUUGCACUUGUUUUUGGUUGGCAAUAGUGCAAUGAGUUUUGAUUUUUAACAUUUUGCGAAAUUUUGAACACAAAAUUCGUUGAAAAUUAAAUAUUAAAUUAAAAAAAUAAGUUUUUCUAAACAAUCUUGCUCAAAAACGCAGUUAUGUUGGAACAUUUUUGGAAACAGUAAAAGAAUCUUUUUUCUACAUUUUUUUUUUUACGUCGUCAUAUCAAUUAAAAGGACGCAGUAAUGGGAAAUAUUUCAACAAAAAAGUUAUUUUUUAAAGCCAGUUGUUUUGUUUAUCAGAGUUAAGUGCGCCAUUUUGUGCAGUUCACUUAGAAUUCAACGAAAAUUGAGUGAAGUUCGCCCAGAUCUGAAUAAAAAUUCACUCAAAUCUGACAGAUGCCCCAGCCCCAUUUACUCAUUUCUGAGUAGGUUUCGGUUUUGACGGAAACUGAGGGAUUUUGAACGUGCAUGCAGCUUUAAACCCAGGGUUGCCAGAUUCUCCCUGAUCUGUCAGUGUGUGUUAUUAUGAAGGUUUUUUUUGUUAAGAAAUAGUUGUGAUCAGUGUGUGUUAUUAUGAAGGUUUUUUUUGUUAAGAAAUAGUUGUGACCGUUUUGAACACCUUUUUAAGAAAAUAUUCAUUGCGUAUUUUAAUAUUUGAUCGAAGAAAAUGUGUGAUUCUGUCAAGGUGGAAUUUCAUUCCGGGAAUUUUGUUUGCAAACAUGUCAAAAACGGGUUUGACAGUAACUGUUGUUUUCGUCUUUGUAAAAACAGAGAUUCUAUGAUUAUCUUUUCCAUUGAUGUCAUAAAAGUAAAGCGAAAGUUUGCCAUAGUUUCUUGCGAGCAGUAACAUAACCAAACUUUUCUAAUACCCCCAGCAAACGUCAAAUAAGUACACAGUUGUUGUCUGUCGGAUCAUUUUUCAGAUCCUUUCCGGAAAUGAUCCGGCCGCAAUGGUGUAUGGUUUGACACUUACGGCUGGUGUCGAAUAAAUGAAAAUUAUAGUGAAGGAAUGUAGUCUUUUGUUUAAGAUCAGUCUUUAUGUUUUCGGCAACCAAGCUUCCCCAAUGUGAUAGUGUACCAUGCAGCCAUAGACAAAGACACACACGCAGAUAAACACACACGAACAACAGCGACUAAUUUGACAAACGCAUCUGUUCCAGAACAAAAUCAACAAUUUCGAUUUCGAAUAACCGCGAGCAAACGCCACUGCAAAUGAGGAAUCAUUCUGUGCAAAAAACUGUAAAGACUAAGCGAUAAGCUACGAAACGAGAAAGAAAGAAAGAGGUCAGGCGAUAAUGUAUAGUCAAGGAGAGGGAAGCAGGAGGAGCAGAAGAGGAAAACAAAAAAUCAACAAACAAGAAUAGUGAUAUAUACCUUAAAGUAAACAAGUAAUUGAAAACCCUAAUUAGUAGCAAAAAUUUAAUGGGAAAACACAACAGAAGAAAAAAAACUAGUUAAAACAAGGAAACAUAACGCCACUAAAACAAGCAAAAACCUUAAAUGUGCUAUCAUCACCCCCCAACAUAAACACAAACACACGCAUUCUAUAUAUCAUCAUCGUUAUCAUAAAGAAAAAAGAAAAAGUCAGCAAAUAGACAAGUAACUGGAGUAAUAAGAACUGUGCUUUCGAUAUUUGCCUCAUUUGUUUCCCGCCCUAUUACCGGAAGGAAACCCUCCUCACCGAUCCGGCAUCACUCACAAAUUGGGCGCAUAAAGUGUCGUUUUUUGGGGAAAAUUGUCCAAAUUAUUAAUUAUGUUUGAGUUACCCUUCAAACGAAAACAGAAGAUCUGGCAACUUUGUUUUUCAAGUGUCAACUGUCAAAUCGGUACACGGCGAUGAAAGUUUAUUCAGAUUUUGAAUAAAGUUUAAAUUUUAACGUCACACUGAAAACUCAUUGUCAGAUUGUCAAGUUGGAUGAAAAUUGGCAAACUUUCCAAACUAGCGACAUUUUACACUCCCGCCAUCUUCCCACAUGCAUAUAACAUAUUGUCCAGCAUAUCGAAACAAAAAAAGGCGCGGCAGCAUAUAUAAUUAGACAACUCAAAAACAGUAAACGAGCGCGAAAUACGAAACAAAACAAAAAUAUACACUAACGGAAGGAAUUAUUUAUUUGCCAUUUUUUCAUUAAACGCUUUUUUCCGCCACCCUGCCUACGGUCCUAUCUCUGUAACUUUGUUCCCCUUUCACACACAAACACACCUACACACACGCACACCAACUAUGGAAUGCUGGGACUCCCUUUUCAAAAAAAAAUAAACUUUUCACAAAUUUCACAUAGUGGCUGUUUUUUUUUGGAAAAUUUUGUUCUUUCCAAAAUUUAUUGUAGAAACCAGUAGACUUAAUAUAGAGACAAAAUUUAUUUAGUUGUGUAUAUUUCUUGAAGAAAUCAACCCAACCUUCCUUGUUUUAGGUUUCCCCCCACCAACCCCAAAUCCAACAACAGUAAUAGUAGUAGUAAUUGUGGAAAUCAGCCAGAUUCGUAUAUAUGUAUAUUUUGAUUUUGAGUUUUUUAAGAAAAUUAGGGACAGAAAGAGAGCAAUCUAAAUGGAGUAAGCGAGAGAGAAUGGAAAGUGAAAGGGCAAAAAAAAAGAAAGAGAGCGAGUUGUGCAUCUUAGUUACUAGGUGGCAAACAAGUGGGAAUCAAUAAAUUGUAAUUUAUAUUGUAAUUUGGGAACGACGACUGUAAUUGUAAGGGAAAGAAGGAAAAGCAAAGCGAAAGAGAAAAGAGUGUAACAGGAGAACAAAGGAUAUGGGAGACGAGACAAAGCAGAAGAGGCGGCGACGCGAUAAGGUUAUUGUGUUUAAGCUGAAAGUCAAAUUCUCUCUAAAUAAAAGUAAUAAUCAAGCUAAAACAAAUGAAGGAAGAAAAAAAAAAACAAACAAAAAAUAACAACAAAGGUAAAACAAAGAAAUGCUCCUGCCGGGGACAUACACACUUGGAACUGGAGUAGGUUUUAAUCAUAAUAAUAAAUAAAUUAAAGUCAAUGAACCGAUAGUGAAA